AUUGAGACAGGCAGGGAUAGCGUGGUUUGAAGUUUUGUUAUUUAUUUACCGAAGUCCGAAUGGUAUUAGUGUUUUAAAAUAAAUUAUUAUUUCUCAUUUAGGCUUUGACUUAAUAAUACCAAUAUUAUGGGGUCUAAAUCUAAAGCCUUAUCUUUUAACGUGCAAUCAGAGUGCCCAUUUACAAAGGCUCGUGCCGGCCUUAUGAAAUUACCGCAUUAUAGUGUAAGGACACCGGUAUUUAUGCCUGUUGGGACUCAGGGUACAAUGAAAGGACUUUUACCAGAUCAGCUUGAAGAUUUGGAUUGUGAAAUAAUUUUAGGAAAUACAUAUCAUCUGGGCAAUCGACCUGGAACUGAUACAUUACAAAAAGCAGGUGGUUUGCACAAUUUUAUGGGAUGGAAUAGAGCUUUACUUACAGAUUCAGGUGGAUUUCAAAUGGUUUCAUUGCUUAAAUUAGCUGAGAUAACUGAAGAAGGUGUCAAAUUCAGAUCACCAUAUGAUAAUUCUGAAAUAAUGUUAACUCCAGAAAAAUCAAUAGAAAUCCAGAACUGUAUAGGUGCUGACAUUAUCAUGCAAUUAGAUGAUGUAGUGAGGACUACUUUUCAAGACUAUGAUAGAAUUAAAGAAGCAACAGAAAGAACAAGUAGGUGGCUUGAUAGAUGUAUCAAAGCUCAUAAAAGACCAACAGAUCAAAAUAUUUUCCCAAUUGUGCAGGGUUUGCUUAACAAAGACUUAAGGAUCCUUAGUGCUACUGAACAUAUGAAAAAAGAUGUAAAUGGAUUUGCCAUCGGAGGUUUGAGUGGAGGAGAAGCAAAAGAUGAUUUCUGGCCUAUAGUUAGUUUGGGCACAGAUCUGCUAGAUAAAAAUAGGCCUCGCUAUUUAAUGGGUGUAGGUGUGGCUAUUGAUUUAGUAAUAUGUGUUGCGUUGGGUGUUGACAUGUUUGACUGUGUCUUUCCUACAAGAACUGCAAGAUUUGGUUGUGCUCUAGUAAAUAAGGGGCAAUUGAAUUUAAAACAAAAACAGUAUGAAACAGACCUCAAUCCCAUAGAUAAGGAUUGUACAUGUUCUACUUGUAAAACAUACACCAGAGCCUAUUUGCACUGUAUUGUUUCAGUUGAAACUGUUGCUUGUCACCUUAUUUCAGUACAUAAUAUUGCAUUCCAGAUGCGCUUAUUGCGAACAAUGAGAGAUAAUAUAGAGAAGGGAACAUUUCCUGAAUUUGUCAAGAACUUUGUUAAUGAAUUGUAUCCAGAUAAACAGUUUCCCACUUGGGUGGUUAAUUCACUAGCAUCUGUUGGAAUAAAUAUUCUUGAAUAAUA